AUGAGACUCCGCAAACCGUCUCAAUUUUCCGCUCCGACAAAGGGCCGAUUGUGGCGUGUCACUGGGUGGCUGGCCUGCCAGAUGUGGUUAAUACACCAGCUGCGACCUGUCACGGGUUCGUGGGUCACCCACGCUGCUGCUCACCGACUCACCGAAAUCCCACCAUCCUUUGUCUUCGACCCCUCCCCUCCAUUAUUUAAGACCCCAGGAAACUCAUUCGGCCUCCCUGGCUUUUUUCUCGGCUAUACAACGAAGACUCAGAUGCCUCUGCCAUAUGGGAAUACUCGAGAUUUCCACGCCACGUCGCUUGUCGACACAGGAAGCCAGAAUAGGCGGCUAUCGUUCUCCUUCAUUCAACCAAAGUUCAUCAAGGAUGCCGUGAACAGCUCUCGCCGAGGAAGCUUGGACCCGACACACUCGGAACCGAAGCGCUUCCUCAUUCCGACACACAAAACCCUCCAAGAGCUCUUAGCUCAGGAAGACACCGAUCGCGACUGGAAGAUCACCAUUGAAGAUGACGGCCCCAAGGCGCUGCGACUCGGCUCGAGCGGCUCGGAUGGUGUCCGUCGGUACGACAUUCGCGGGACGUAUGCGCUGUCGAAUCUGCUUCAGGAACUGAGCAUUGCGAAUCUUGGCUCGAAAACGUCCUUGCUUCUUGAUGAAGCGCGGUUGUACGAGAACCCGGUUGACAGGCUGUCACGCCUGAUCAGGACGGUGUUCUGGGACAAUCUCACUCGCCGCAUCGAUAGCACGAAUAUUGCUCGUGUAGCGAGAGAUCCGAAAGAUUGGACGGAGAAUCCCAAAGGAAGAGUAUACGUGCCGCCAGGCGCCCCCGAACAGUUCGAGUACUACUCCAACUACGCGAAGAAGCAUCCCGAAGCCGACCUCGAGGUUUGUAUGCUGCCGGACGAGAUUACUGAUGCUUACGUGCGCGACUUGAACAGGGCCCCAGGCCUGCUUGCCUUGGCAGUUGAAACCACUGUCAACCCCGAGACGAAGAAGAAAGAGUUUAGCGGCUUGCCAUUUGUUGUCCCUGGCGCAAGAUUCAACGAAUUGUAUGGCUGGGAUAGCUACUUCAUCGUGCUCGGUCUUCUGCGCAGUGGACGCGAGGAUCUCGCCCGAUCGACGAUUCUCAACUUUGCAUUUUGCAUUGAACACUACGGAAAAGUGUUCAAUGCGAAUAGGACGUAUUACCUCGGCCGAUCACAGCCACCUUUCCUGACGGACAUGGCGCUGAGCACAUAUGAGCAGACCAAAGAGGAGCCUUGGGCACUGGAUUUGCUCCGCACUGCUACACAGGCAGCCAUCAAGGAGUACUACACUGUCUGGACGGCUGCGCCUCGGAUUGACCCCCUUACUGGCUUGUCCCGCUACAGGGCAAGAGGCCUUGGCGUGCCCCCGGAGACAGAGAAAUCGCAUUUCACCCAGGUAUUGAAGCCAUACGCCGCGAAACACAAUCUCAGCAUGGAGGAGUUUAUCGAAGCCUACAACUACGGUGUCAUCGAAGAACCAGAGCUGGACGAGUACUUCCUCCACGACAGAUCACUGCGGGAAUCUGGCCACGACACGUCUUAUCGCCUGGAGCACGUCUGUGCGGACCUCGUGACUGUCGACCUGAACUCUCUGCUGUACAAGUACGAGACAGACAUCUCCCACAUCAUCCGAACAUUCUUCAACGACAACUUCCUCGUCGCCCCCGGCUUCGGCAAAACCCCCCACGAAACCUCCGCAACCUGGGACCGCCGCGCCCGAUUCCGCAAAGCCCAAAUGAACAAGUAUCUCUGGAACGACGAGGUUUCCAUGUACCUCGAUUACAACACCAAGACGCAACGCCAAAUGCCCUACGAAAGCGUGACCACCCUCUGGCCUCUCUGGGCGCGUUGCGCGAGCCCGGCUCAAGCCGCAGCGAUCGUGAACAACACCCUGUCCAAAUUCGAACACUACGGCGGCCUCGCCGCGUGCACCGAGUCCUCCCGCGGCCCCAUCUCCCUCGAGCGGCCAAACCGCCAAUGGGACUACCCCUAUGGCUGGGCGCCGCACCAGAUCCUCGCGUGGCGCGGCCUACAGAACUACGGGUACGAAGAGGACGCGCAGCGUUUAGCAUACAAGUGGCUGCACAUGAUGACGCGUGCGUUCGUCGAGUUUAACGGGGUUGUUGUGGAGAAGUACGAUGUUACGCAGCCGGAUGGGCCGCACAAGGUUGAUGCGGAGUAUGGGAAUCAGGGAGCGGACUUUCGAGGCGUUUCAAGGGAAGGCUUUGGGUGGGCGAAUGCGAGUUAUCUGGUGGGACUUGAUUUGAUGAAUACACAUAUGCGCAGGGCCUUGGGGGUUUGUGUGCCGUUUGAGAAGUUGGAGGGGUCUUUGUAG